AGCUCAGAACCUGACGCCGAUGAUGCAAAACCAAUUUCGAACGUUCCUAGGGGUUCCAUUCCAAUCUACCGACGCGGUUAUGCUGCGAGAAGGGCUACUUCACACGGAACACUCGUUUGGGACGGUGGCCGCCUCCGCAGUAUUUCCGACGAGUCUAGUCAACCGAAAUCCGAAACUAUGCUGCCUUUUCCGGGAGCGGUUUUAGGCACCAGCAGUGGUAUUGGUGACUCUUUAAUUCCAGCGGACAGGCCCACCCCCAGAGUCCCUCGAGGUGUACGUCGCGGCAGGCCUGGGCGACAAAGGACUGGACCCCGCGGUUCGCUCGCUGGCGGGCUCUUCAGCGACAGGCCUGGCUCUAACGAAGACGACUUGCGUAUCAGUAGGAUGAGUGAACUGGAUGCAAAUCUGCCACGUUUUGUGCCUCGAGAAGCCUUGCCAACGGACCUCACUCUACCCGUUUUCCAUCUGACAGCUGAAGAUCCUCUUCCGCAGACUGGUACGCUUUCGGGAAAUUCUGCAAACCCAACCGACCCACAAAGCACCAACCUUGCUGCAGGACCUGCAGGCUUUGGCAGCAAAAUGAAAAGCAGUGGCAUGGAUGAUAUCGACUUUGAGAUGCUGAAGAACUACCGUCGGCUCAAUGGCUACACCCUCUUUACUAUCGUCAAUAGAAAGAAGUAUGGCCUCUCUGACGAGGCGUCAGAUCAGAAGUCCCAGAGUCGCCGUUGGCAGGUAUGUUUUCCCGUCAUUCCCGAUUAUUCUGUUAUUUUUGAUCGCCAGCUCACUCAACUUCAAACAUCUCGGCGUUUACUUAGAGUUUUUAAUGACAGAAGAAGCUGA